ACAUUCCACUAACCCUAUUACUCUACUGCUCUAUAUAGUCUGCAUAUACCGCUACUGUUUUAUUUCAGGAGAGAGAGAGAGAGAGAGAGAGUUUGGAUCAUGCGGAGCAGCAGGGAUCAGAGGGAUUCACUUGUCCUGGGGCGAGUCAUAGGAGAUGUGUUGGAUCAUUUCGAAAGGUCCGUAACCCUUAGGAUAACGUACGACGCGAGCAGUAGCAGUAGCAGCGGCAGUAGUAGUACUGGUAGGGAAGUGACGAUCGGGGGUGAGCUCAAGCCUUCGCAGGUUGUAAACCAACCGAGGGUUGACAUUGGCGGCCGUGAUCUUAGAACCUUUUACACUCUCGUUAUGGUGGACCCUGAUGCUCCAAGCCCAAGUGAUCCUAACCUCAGGGAAUACUUGCACUGGUUGGUGGCUGAUAUUCCAGCAACCACAGGAGCAAGCUAUGGACAAGAGUUGGUGUGUUACGAGAGCCCGAGGCCGUCGGUCGGCAUCCAUCGGUUCGUGUUCGUGUUGUUCCGGCAGCUGGGGAGAGAGACGGUGUUCGCUCCCGGGUGGCGCCAGAAUUUCAACACGAGAGAGUUUGCCGAGCUUUACAAUCUGGGUGACCCUGUUGCUGCUACCUACUUCAAUUGCCAAAGGGAGACCGGCUCCGGAGGCCGAAGACGGCCAUGAUCGUUGAUCAUCGUAUCAUCGAUCUCGUCGUUUCAUGUCUAACUAGAUCUAGUGGUGGAACCAGAAUUUUCUAAUAAUAGGGGUCGCCAAAGAUUACAAAAAAUAAAGAGGAUGAUCGAUCAUCCUUUUCUUACACUGUUCUCGAUGAUCGAUCCAAGAAUAUAGGAGUAUAUUUAACUGAAAAUAAAGGAUUAUUUAAGGAUGU